AUGGCGGCCUUGUGCAGAGGGAGGCACCGGUGGAAAACAAAACAUUAUUUUAGUAUCUUAACAAGAACAUUAUCCGGUAAAUAUGACUAUGACCUAGUAGUUCUAGGUGGAGGCUCAGGGGGUCUGGCCUGCUCCAAAGAGGCUGCUCAGUUGGGUCAGAGAGUAGCCGUGUUGGAUUAUGUGGAGCCCUCAGCGAUUGGUACCAAGUGGGGUCUUGGUGGGACAUGUGUAAAUGUCGGCUGUAUCCCCAAGAAGCUCAUGCACCAGGCGGCUCUGCUCGGCACUGCGGUGAAAGACGCCAAGAAGUUUGGCUGGCAGAUCCCAGAGCCAAUCUCCCAUGACUGGGAGACGAUGGCUGGAGCGGUGCAAAACUAUGUCAAAUCUCUGAACUGGGGUCACAGAGUACAGCUCAAUGACAAGAAAGUCAAAUAUCUGAACAUGAAAGGAAGCCUGGUGGAUGAACACACUGUUAAAGCGCUCAGUAAAGCAGGCAAAGAGACAACACUCACGGCUAAAAACAUAGUGAUCGCUACUGGAGGACGACCCAAAUAUCCCUCAAGUAUUCCUGGAGCUAUCGAGCACGGCAUUACCAGUGAUGACAUAUUCUGGAUGAAGAAGUCCCCUGGAAAAACACUUGUGGUUGGAGCAAGUUAUGUGGGCCUGGAGUGUGCAGGGUUCCUCACUGGUAUCGGCUUGGACGCCACCAUCAUGGUUCGCAGCAUUGCUCUUCGGGGAUUUGACCAGCAAAUGGCUGCUUUGGUGACUGACUACAUGGAGGCCUAUGGGACCAAGUUUGCGUGGAAGUGUCUCCCCAGAAGAAUUGACAAACUUCCAUCCGGAGUUUUACGAGUGACCUGGACCGACACGGAGACGGGCAGCGAUCACCAUGACGACUUCGACUCUGUACUAUGGGCGGUUGGUAGAGCCCCAGAGACUAAAGCACUCGGUCUUGACAAGCUUGGCGUGCAUCUCAACAAGGACACCGGGAAAAUAAUUGUGGGAGCUGACGAAUCCACAUCGGUGCCAAACAUUUAUGCUUUUGGGGAUAUUGGUGAGGGUCGUCCAGAGUUGACCCCCACUGCCAUUAAAGCAGGACGGCUUCUCGCACGCAGACUGGUUGGUCAGAGUUCUCAGCUCAUGGAUUAUGACAAUGUUCCAACGACAGUCUUCACUCCGCUUGAGUACGGCUGUGUGGGAUUGUCCGAAGAGGAGGCUGACAAAAGAUAUGGAAAAGAGGGUAUAGAGGUCUAUCAUGCAUUCUACAAACCCCUGGAAUUCACUAUUGCAGAGCGGGAUGCUAGCCAGUGUUAUCUAAAGGUUGUAUGUGAGCGUAGGGAGAAGCAGAAGAUUUUGGGUUUGCAUUUCACCGGCCCAAAUGCAGGAGAAGUCACACAAGGCUUCGCUCUGGGCGUCCAAUGUGGUGCUACAUACGCUGACCUUCUGAACACUGUUGGCAUUCACCCGACUUGUGCUGAAGAAGUGACAAAGGUCCAUAUCACGAAGCGCUCUGGACUGGACGCCACGGUCACAGGUUGCUGA